AGUGUCCCAUCCAAUCCUUCCAAAUUUCAACUCUUUUCUCUUUCAUGUUUUUCUCCUCCUCAUUUUGAGCUCAAAAAGUCUACUUAUUGUCUGUUUGUUUUGUCAACAAUUCACUUAAAAUGAUUCUGUUAAUGUUAAUUAGGUAAAGACUGAUCACCUUCCUUCUCCUCCUCCCCUUUUUGUUUCUUCUUCAUUCCUCACACAAACAAACAAACAAACAUUUCCCAUCCUUACUUUUCACAACCCUUAUAUUAAUUUCUCCUACAUUCCACCCCAUAACAACCACAAAUUCUCCAAACACACCCUUAAAAGAAAAUAUAAAACAUGAACACAUUAAUGGGUCAAGAAAUAACAUCCUUUUCAUUCUCAAGAAGAUAUUUUAACUGGAAAAAGAAACCAGAUCAUGAUCAAGAUCAAGAUCUUACAAAUGAUGAAGAAUCUCUUACUUUUGAUUCAUCUUCUCAUUCCUUUUCUGGUUUUCCUUAUGAUGAAACUAUCCACUACUAUAAUCCUAAAACAAAAACUAAAAAGAAACUCUCAGUUUCAAAAUUCUCAUCAUUUUUUACAAAAUCCAAAUCAGGAGAUCUUGGGUCUAAACUUGUGGGUACUCUAUUUGGGUAUAGACGUGGGCAUGUUCAUAUUGCAUUUCAACAAAACCCUAAAACUACACCUGCUUUUUUGAUUGAACUUUCUACUCCUACUAGUGUUCUUGUUAGAGAAAUGGCUUCUGGGUUAGUAAGGGUUGCAUUGGAAUGUGAUAAAAAGUGGGAUAAAAAGGGGAUGAAAUUGUUGGAAGAGCCUCUUUGGAGGGCUUAUUGUAAUGGGAAAAAGUGUGGGUAUGCUUUGCGCCGGGAUUGUGGGCCCCAUGAGUGGCGGGUGUUACAAUCUUUGGGGCCCAUUACGAUGGGGGCGGGUGUUUUGCCCGGCGGAGCCGACGUAGAAAAGGAUGGUAAUGGUGUUCAGUUUGAGGGGGAGUUGAUGUAUAUGAGAGCUAAAUUUGAGAGGAUUGUCGGAUCUAAAGAUUCGGAAGCGUUUUAUAUGGUGAACCCGGAUCCGGAUGGAAGUGGGGGUCCGGAACUUAGUGUUUAUUUGCUACGAGUUUGAUUGUUGUUUUAUUGCGGGCUAGGCUGAGGGAAGGGUUGGGAUUGCGAGAAUAGAACUCGAGUUUUGUUCGAGUAAAAUGGUAUAUGCUUUUAAGUGAUAUAAGACUCGAUUCUUGAGUUUGAUGGUUAAUUUGGGGUAUUACAUUGCAUUGGUAUAAAGUAUAAAUAUACUCUAUGUUUAGAGAGCUUAAUAAUGCUUAGAGAGGUUAAAUGUUAGUAUUAGUAUCAUGGAGUAAUUAUAAUUUUAUUACAAGGGUUAUUUCAAUGUUAAUUUUGGAUCACCUUUUGCUCUUGUAUGCUAAAUACUUGGUAAAAUUUAUGGAUUAUCAGUUUUAAUUUGAUGAAUACAAAUUAUUGUGUGAGACGGUAUUGGCCGAAUAGCCUAACUAAUACUUCUUACGUUUUAUAUUACUUGCAACGUUACAA